UAUACUUGGAAAGAGGGGUGGCGGUGGACAAGGUAUACUUGGAUAGAGGCGUGGCAGUGGACGUGGUAUACUUGGACAGGGGUGGCUGUGGAUGUGGUAUACUUGGACAGAGGGGGGGGUGGCGGUGGACGUGGUAUACUUGGACAGAGGGGUGGCGGUGGACGUGGUAUACUUGGACAGAGGGGUGGCGGUGGACAUGGUAUACUUGGACAGAGGGGUGGCCGUGGACAUGGUAUACUUGGACAGAGGGGUGGCCGUGGACAUGGUAUACUUGGACAGAAAGGUGGCGGUGGAUGUGGUAUAAUUGGACAGAGGGGUGGCUGUGGACGUGCUAUACUUGGACAGAGGGGUGGCUGUGGACGUGCUAUACUUGGACAGAGGGGUGGCUGUGGACGUGGUAUACUUGGACAGAGGGGGUGGCGGUGGACGUGGUAUACUAGGACAGAGAGGUGGCAGUGGACAUGGUAUACUUGGACAGAGGGGUGGACGUGGUAUACUUGGACAGAGGGGGUGGCGGUGGACAUGGCAUACUUAGACAGAGGGGUGGCUGUGGACGUGCUAUACUUGGACAGAGGGGUGGCUGUGGACGUGGUAUACUUGGACAGAGGGGUGGCGGUGGGACGUGGUAUACUAGGACAGAGAGGUGGCAGUGGACGUGGUAUACUUGGACAGAGGGGUGGCGGUGGACGUGGCAUACUUGGACAGAGGGGUGGACAUGGUAUACUUGGACAGAGGGGUGGCGGUGGAUGUGGUAUACUUGGACAGAGGGGUGGCAGUGGACGUGGUAUACUUGGUCAGAGGGGUGGGGGUGGACGUGGUAUACUUGGACAGAGGGGUGGGGGUGGACGUGGUAUACUUGGACAGAGGGGUGGCGGUGGACGUGGUAUACUUGGACAGAGGGGUGGCGGUGGACGUGGUAUACUUGGACAAAGGGGUAGCAGUGGACGUGGUAUA